CAUGGCAGAUCCAUGCCCUGCAGGGGGUGUAUAAGGGGCACAGGGCCCUGCUCUGCCCAGUGCCAGGAGAGCCGCUCGCUCAGGAGGAAGCAGCUCCCGGGAUCCCACUCUGUGCUCCAGGAGAUCAGACACGGAGGAGGACAAGGAGGAGGGAGCCUUUGCCAAUAUGGAGGAAGAGUGGGAAUGCGACAUGGAUCAAGAGCUCUCCCAGUGGGGAGAGGUUACCAGCCAAGACCUUUGCCUUUGGGAAGAGGUGACAGUCCAAGAGUUUUACCAACAGCAAGAAGCUUUCCCAUGUGGAGUUGUGAGACACCAGGAGUGGCAUCAGUGUGAGGUAGGUGUGAGAGUCCAAUGGGGAGAUGGCACACAGCAAGAGCUGGAGAUGUUCCACUGGGAAGAAAGUGUGACGGUCCAGGACCUCUCCCAAUGGGACACAGAGGAUGAGACAUACCAAGAGCUGUCCCAGUUGGAAGAAGAUCUGACAUACCAAGAGCUGUCCCUUUGGGAAGGGGAGGGACACCAGGAAAUAUCUCCUUUGGAAAAAGAUUUUCAAAGCCCUAUGCACAUGUACCAAUGGGAAAAAGAAAAGAGAGAGCCAGAGUUCUCCCAAGUGGGAGACAGCAGUGAAAAGGAGGUAUGCCAAGGAAAAGACUACAGUCUCCAAAAGCUGGCCCAAUGGGAAAAAGAUAGCAGUGACCAAAAGCUAUCCCAAAGGAAAGAAAGUGUCAGCAGCCAGGGCCUGUCUCAAUGGGGAGAAAGUGCCAGGUACAAGAUCUAUGACAAACCCUUACACCCAGAGAAGGACAAGGACACCCAGACUUGUGCCCAGCAGGGGCCCAGCUCUCCCAGCAGCGUGGGCACCCAGGUGGCAGCAGAGGCAGCCUGUGAGCUGCCCAGUGCCUCUCCUGCCCUGGGGAGUCCCACCGAGGACGAGCUGGCAGCUGCUGCUGCUCCAGCUGGAGCUGCUGAGAAGCUGGAGGAGCCCCUGGAGCCUCUGGCUCCCAAGAUGGAAAAGGCACCAGGUUCUCCUGCUCGCAGUGGGGAGCUUGAGCUUUCCCAGGGCGACAGUGAAGAAGGCCCAGAGCUGUCCCAAGGAGAAAUGGGAAAAUACCAAAAAGAGUCCCAAAGGGAAGCCUGCAUUGAGCAGAAGGUCUCCCUAGAAGAAUCUGGAAGCUACCAGGAAGGGUCCCAAGGGGAAGCCAGAACUGAACGAGUGCUUUCCCAAGUAGAAUCUGGAAGCCACCAGGAAGGGUCCCAAGGGGAAGACAGCACUGAGCAGGGGCUGUCCCCAGCAGAAUCCAGCAGCCACCACAAAGGGUCCCAAGGGGAAGACAGCACUGAGCAGGAGCUGUCCCAGGGAGAGUCUAGUAGCCACCAAAAAGUGUCCGAAUCUAUUGAAAAAAGGCUCUCCCAAGGAGAUACCAGUAGUUACUUUGACCUUUACUUUGACCUUUCUGACUGGGAUGAAUGCAGCAAAGAAGAGCUGUCCCAAGGAGACAGAGAUAGCUACGAAGACUUUUCAGACUGGGAAGAAUACCCUGAGCAAGGACAUUCCCAAGGAGAAACUAGUAGCUUCCUAUAUCCGUCUGACUGGGAAGAAUACAGCGAGACGGAGCUGUCCUAUGGAGAUGUCGAGAACUACCAGGAACCAUCAGACUGGGAAGAGUCUGUUAGCCUAGAGUUUUCUGAAGAGGAAGACUCCAGUAGCCAUGUGGCUAGCAGCAGUGAUAAGACAUCCUCUGGGAAGUCCAGCUGGGAGAGUGACAGUGACCAAGACCUUGUGCAGGACAGCUGGGAAGAGAACACCAGGGCCAAGCCCUUGCUGCAAGAGGAUGAUGAGUGGGAUGAGAGAAGCGUCCUCGAGCUGCGUGAAGAUGAAGACAGAGAAGGAAGAGCGGCAGGUUUGACAGGAGAUGGGUUUCCCUUGCCAGUCCCUUGCAAGGCUUGGGCUGAGUAUGGGGCAUCUGGGCUGUGCCUGGGAGGGCCAGUCUGUGCCUUAUCUCCCCAUUUGGAAGCCCCAGCCCCCAGAGGACACACGACCUCUCCUGCCUUCCAGGAGCAGGUGCCAGGGGCCGGGACACAGAGCCCAAUGCAUGCCCCAGGCAGCCACCCCAGCCCCUCAGCUCCCCAGCCAGGACCCCGAGUCCCCCACAAGAAACAUCCCUCCAACCUCAGGUGGGCACUGCACAGCCUGUUCCACUGCCCCUGUCUGGCGCCACAGACAGAGGAUUAGUGCCCACUGCCAACCCAGGGCCCGCAGAUGGCAGCUGGCCCACAGCCUGCCCCACGUCCUGAGGGAGCCACACAGGCUGCCUUUACCUGGACAUAAUGCUGUAGCCUCAGCAGUGCCCAUGUCCUAGGGUGAUAGCAUGGUGCUUGUAUCCCAAAUCGUGUGUUCUGUUUAUGCCUGAUAUUAUGUUCUGUGCCUUCAGGACUGACUCUGAAAGUGAAGGAUUGUUUUGUCUUGUUAUCAGCCGGCUCACCUCCCCCCAUGGUCUGUGUCUAGGAGAGGCUUGGCUGGCUUGGCUUGCUUGCUUGCUGGCUUGCUUGCUUUUGCUUUUGCUUUUGCUUAUUAGUUAGUUUAGCUAGGCAGUCCAAUUUUUACCCUGGACUGUUUCUUUUUCCCUUCCCUUUCCCUUUCCUGAAUAUCAUCUGAACCUGCUCUGGACCUGGA